AUGAGCCAACAAAAGAAAAAACCGUAUGGUUUCGAUGGCAAGUACACGUUUCUGAAACUGACGCGACUUUCUACAUUUACUUACCAAUACAAUAUCAAAUUUUCAGUCUUUAAGUCAUAUUUCACGUGGGCAUCGAAUCAGAACGUUAUCCCUUCUUUGUCAGAAUUUGUUCGUUUGAACGUUGACUUUGUAGCCAGAUCAUCUACUCAAACAAGUGACCUUCUAGGACUGGAGGGUGCAUGGGCAAAGCGUUUCGAUUCAACUGCAGAGAUAUUGAAUAUUGAGGAAAGUAUAACUAUUAUUUUCUCCGUUAGUGUUGUGGGAGCUUCAGUCGGGUUUACUGACUGCGGUUUUACAUUCCCAACACUCAUCCCAUCAUUAUGUACCUCAUCUCCCACCUCAAUAAAUUGGUCUUGUGUCAUCGAAAGAUGGCAUAUG